ACCAAUGCUGUCACUAGGCACGCAGCAUUUUGACAACCGUCCCGGUACAAGCUGUCAUUUCGUGCACAUGUUUCAUUCGAAGUAAACAGAUUACAAUUUCUAUACUCGCAGCACGAUGGCGAUCGGUGCAGAAAAAAUUAAAAACAAAGGUGAGAAAAAGCGCUCUAUCAAACAACAAUCGGCAGAAGCGGAAUCACCAGCGCAAGUAAAGAGUGAAGUGAAGAAACAGCCUGCAAAGAUUAUCUUCGACGACGAUGGUGAGCAACGUGUGGUACCGAUUGACUACACAGCCGAAGAGCCUAGUAAACAUCAAUCCGGUAAGCGGAAGCAUGCGUCCGCGGAUCAAAUCACCGAAAAUUCCGACAGCGAAGGGGAAGAAAAUGCGGACGAGCUAGCAAAGCAAUGGUACACACAUUUCGAAGCGUACAAUCUUGUAGGCCAGAUGGAAGAUAUGAAGGAUGCCGAAAUAGCGGAACUAAGACGUAUCUGCCGUGCGGCAUUCGAAGUGGAAAGCCGUGCCCGUAAGAAGGACGAUCCGUCCGAUGCGAAAUGGUUGCUAAGUGCAUUGGAAAAGGGAACGCUGCGCGAUCGAGCCAAUGCCGGUGCACUGCUCGUGCAGACAAAUCCAUUCUGUCACCUACAGGCACUGGAUACACUGGUUGCCAUGGUGAAAACCUCGAACAAAGGUUACCUGGACUUGAUCGAGGUGUUGACCGAUUUGAUGACGAAGACUUUGAUGCCAUCGUACCGCAAACUGAUCACGAUACCGAUGCGUGGUGCCGACUGGAAGCAUUUACAAAAGCAGGAAAACUUGGAAAAGUCCAAACGAGACACGAUUUACGCGCACUGGCAUUUUGAAGAUCAGUUGCGCGAGCAUUACUUCACAUUUGUCAGCAACUGCACCAUGAUCUUGCACAAUGGGCAGGACGGUGGCAAAUUGAAGACGAUUGGGUACGUCGGAAAACUGUUCGUCAACGUACCGGAAAUGGAACGUUUAAUGUUGACGGCGCUGGUGAACAAGCUGGGCGAUCCGUCGCAUAAGGUUGCUGCGAAAGUGAUGUCCCAGCUUCAAUAUGUUGUGCGUCAACAUACGCUGAUGUCGCUUAUCGUGACUACCGAGGUAGAGAAACUGCUGUUCCGUAAUAAUGUCGCACAAUCGGCACAACACUUUGCACUGGCCUAUCUGGCGUCGAUCGCAUCCUUGUCUGAUUUUGCAGCGUGCGAGAAAAUGAUCAACAUAUGCUUUGCAUUCUUCAAAAUUCACAUCGAAAAGGGCGAGGUCAACUCACGCACAAUGCAGUCCAUCCUCAUCUGUCUGCGAAAAGCGAUCAAGAACGUGAAGCGCAGUGUGGACCUGGCGGAGAUUUUGGAUCCGAAACUUUUGAACGUUAUCUACCGGAUAGUACACUGGUCGAAUAUUUCGAUCAGUUGCCAGUGUUUGGCGCUCCUGCUGGAAAUUACCGAGCGGAAGGGUUACGAGCAGAACCGGUUUUACAAUGCGCUCUAUCGGAAGAUGGUAGAUCCCCAGUUUGCCUUCGUUGGGCCACGCAUAUCACACACGUUCUUCUACAUUCUCCAUCGGGCGAUGCAAACGGAUCCAAUUAAGCAGCGUGCGCAAGCAUUUGUGAAGCGUAUCCUGCAGGUUGCAUUUCACCUUCCCGCUGCCCAGGUAUGUGGAGCAUUGAUCGUGAUUAGUCAGGUAUUGCGAACGCGUAGAAUUUUGCGCCAAGAUGGACAGGAACCACCGACAGUUGAUGCGCUGGAAGUCGUAGCAGAAGAAUCAAACUGUGCGGAAAAUGAUGAUGGCGGGAGCGAUGUUGAGGAAGAGGACGGGAAAAUACCCGCUCAAACAGCGGUACCAACGCGAAUGCCCACAAAAUACAAUGCGUUCAGUCGAUCGUCCGAAUUUGCUGGAGCGCAGUACAGUCUGAAGUAUGAACUUGUCCGCUACCUUUCGCACUUCCAUCCAACGGUGCAAAAGUUUGCUCAAUCCAUUCUCACUGAUUCUGCAUUGACGUACCAUGGUGAUCCAUUGGUGGACUUUUCACUUGGUCGUUUCCUCGAUCGAUUUGCGUUCAAAAAUCCAAAAAAACCUCGUACGGAAAAGGAUGAAAAUGGCGUGGAGCGAUUACGUCCACGAAUAAUAGGCGCCCAGCGGAAGAGUGAUUAUGUACCGUCCGGCUCCCGUGGUAUGCCAUUGGACACACUCACCAAGGAUCAGUGCGCCGAAGAUGAUGCAUAUAUAUUCAAAUACCUGGAACAGAAGCGAUACCGAAUGGAGCGGGCUAAGCAGCUUAAACUGGCGAAGGGUGAAAAAGCGGAAGACUCCGAGUCGGACGUGGAGUCGCUGAAUGAUGAUGAGUUUGAUGCGUACCUCGAUUCACUAGGCGUGCCCGGUGCAAACGGUCACGCGGUGGACGUUGACGGUGAGGCAGAGAUGGACUUCAUGCAGGAGCUCGAACAGGAAAUGGUGAAAGAACGUAAGGGCAAAAAGUCUACCGUUCGGCGCAGUGAGCUGGAUGACGAGGACGACGGCGACGACGACGACGACGGCGGGCUGGACGAUUGGGACGAUGUGGGCGAGGAAGAGGACGAUAGUGGCCAGGAGGAUGAAUCGGACGAUGAUCAACCCCGCACCGGGCGCGUUCGUCGUGAAGUGAUCGAUAAGGAUGGUGGUGAAUUUAGUGACGGUGGCAGUAUUUCGCUGGAUGAAGAUGAAGAUUUUGAUGGGGAUGAGAUGAUGGACGACGAGUCGGAUGACGAGCCGGACGGUGAAGAACCGGUUCCGAAAAAGCGCAAAAAGCUUCCCUCCCGAACGAGUGGUGGUAUGGUAAGUGAGCGAGAUUUCGCACGGAAGCUGAAGACGGCAGACAUGAGCUCGUUGUUUGCUGCCGCCGAUGACUUUUCCGAGCUGCUGGAGAGUAAUGUCGAUCCGGCGGCGGACAAUGCCGGGCGAAAUGGCAAAAGGAAGGGUGGUGGUUCUAUUGCGAAAGCGACCAAGCAGCAGCUGUUGGAUGCCCACGGUACGGAGGCAGAAGUGUUCAAUCAGGACCAAUCGUCUGUUAAACAGCUGGCCUGGGAAGCGAAACGCUUUAGCGAUCGUAACUCACGAAACGCGAUGGGAGGACGCGGUGAAAAGCAAUUCGGUGGCCAAAGGCGUGCAGGUAGAGCAGCAGGUACGUCGAAUUUCCAGAAGCGUGGAGGUGAUGCUAAGGGACGUUUUAAAAAGAUGGAGAAGAGGGGCCGAAAGUAAGAGUGUAGGGAAGCAGGCAUAUAGCCUAGAAGAAGAACUAAAUAAGUGUAAUUGAUAUAAUAAUGCGUUUCUGCAAGUAUCCUCAUA